AUGGAUACCUUCCAUGAGAAUUCAACUACGAGAAGUUCCAACGACGACACUUUUGCAUCGUCAUCAUCAUCAUCAUCAUCAUCAUCAUCGUCGUCGUCGUCGUCAUCGACCACUCAUUUGGAAGAUGUGUACCAUGACCUGACAAUGGAUAGCAUUUUGAGUACCGUUUUUGAAGAAGAAGCUAUGGAUUUCGAUACGAUGAAUUUUGCGGAAACUCGAAUUGAUCCAGCUGAGUUGAAACAGUUUCUUGAUAUAUGUAGUGACUAUGGCAAUGAUGACGAAAAUCAAGAUAGUUCGUGUCAUAUCAACGAGACAGAUAAAUCGACAUCUUCGAACACGAAAGAAGAGAAAACUUUCUCUCCAAAGUCAGAUGGAUCAUCGACCACAGCAGCAGCAGCAACAACAACAACAACAACAACAACAACAACAACAACAACGGAGCUUUCACCCAUCUCAAUCAAAGAUAUUCAUAAUGAUAUUCAUAUAAUGCCUGAGUUUUUAAUGCAAAACCAUCAACCAUUUCAACAAAUGAUUUAUAAUGUACUUUUUCCAAUACGAACAUCAACAACGAGAGAAAUAAAAUCAAUGAAUUAUGUUAAAAUCUUACGAAAAAUGGCGAUAUUCAUCUAUAAAAUUAUGAUUAUUCAAACCUAUCACCGUCUAUGGUCAACAUAUCUACAAUCAGGUACAGGCGAAUUAAUUGAUCGAUCAUUAAAAGGUGUUACAUCACAAAUGGACAAAUAUUCGGUUCAUUUUUCAAUAUGGCCAGCAAAAAUUCGGAACAUCGUACCAGCGAACAGCAAUGAACAUGAAGUUUGCCUGACAUUUGUUAGUCACGUUCUCAAGGAACUAAAUGAUCAUUUGAAACAUUAUGAAAUUGAAUUGGAAACGAUCAAAGCAAGUCUGAUGAUAGACUGGACAUCGACAAUACAAGAUCGAUUGGAAACAUAUAUUAUGAAUAAUCUGUAUUCAUUUCGUACGAAAAUGUUUCAUCAAAUUGAACUUAUUUAUUAUGAUUAUCAUAUACAAGCAAUAAAAUUAGAAUAUCUACGACAUAAUCCUAGUUCAUAUCAGAAACAACUCUUGGAAGAUUUGUGUCAAUAUAAGUAUGAACUCGUCACGACCGAAGAAGUGUUCAAAUUACUUGAACAACAAAUCAAUUUCUAUAAUUCAUCAAAACAAUCAUUCGAGUUUUCACCUAUAGCCGAAUCGACCUUAAUUAGUUCAAUUGCAAAUCAAACACUUCGACAACGCUUAUAUCUUCAAUAUAAAGAAAUUGCCGUACAAGCAAGAGCACAACUAUUUCGACUCUAUCUUACUACAGCUGAAGAUGACAAAUAUCAGUGUCAACAAAAGUUUGAAACUCAUCUAAAGAAAAUAUGGCUCGAACGUCAUUUGGCUGUUGACCAAGAUAAAAUACCAUUGAUUCUGAUUGAUCUUAUUCAUCAAUGUUGUAACAAAAUUAGCGAACGUGUUCAAUACAUCUACACAUUUAAAGCACACUUUACUACUACUAAUACUACAGACUACUACUAG